AUGCCUGCUGACGAUGACAGACGACACGGCGAAUGUUGUAACCAGCAGGGACCCGAGGGGUUGAGGUCUCUGCACCCCCAACUGGGGUCGAGGUUGCCGUUCUUCCUUCCCUGGGUACCCCGACCUGCAGCGGGAGCGGCAGAUGCGAUGCCAACGCCGCCGGUCUUGACUGAAUCUUGCGGCUUCAAGCUCAUUAUGGGCACCGUGGGAGGGGCAGGAAUGGGCUUCGUGUUCGGUUUGUUCCUCGGGGCGAUGGGCGAUAUGCAGCCGUUACAGAUGAUCAACGGACGGGAGGUCCCUCAGGCACCGUUCAGAGAACAGGCGCGACUGGCGUACAAGCAAACCGCGGACCGAUCGCUUAGCAUGGGGAGAAAUUUUGCAUCGUUUUCAGCUAUUUUUAUGGGGUCGGAAUGCGUCAUCGAGAAAAUGCGCGGCAAGACUGACAUGAUGAACUCCGUCUACGCGGGGUGCGCGACAGGGGCGGCCUUCGGCAUGAAGCAAGGCCCGCAGGCGGCAUGUUUCGGCUGCGUGGGGAUGGCCACGUUCUCUGCGCUCAUGGAUAAACUCAUGGGGCACUAA